UUAAUGUUAUUCUUUGAUAUCGUUUUACCACUUGUCCUUUAUUAUGUUCUUAAAAACUAUAUGUUAGAAGUCUGGGCACUUACUAUAUCAGGAGUUCCACCGUUCCUUGUUGUUAUUUAUGGACUUAUAACCAAAAGGCGUAUAGAUAUUUUGGGAGCAUUAAUAAUAAUGGGUUUUAUCGUUACUGGUAUCGUGGCAUCAUUAAAAAGAGAUGCUCGGAUUCAAUUAUUACGAGAAUCAGCAGUUACGGGUACUAUCGGUUUGGUAUUCCUCAUUUCUUUGCUCCCAAUCAAGAUUGGUUCCUCCCAAAUUCGGCCGAUGUCAUACUAUUUUGCUAGAGAUAUGCAAACUGGCGGAUCCUUUGGUUCAUCUUCAAAAAAGAAUAAAGAUGUAACAAAUGAUAUUAACGAACGUUGGGAAAGAUUAUGGAACGACAACGCUGUAUUUCGACGCGGAUAUAGGGUUUUGACGGCUCUUUGGGGAGUUGGUUUUGUUCUUGAAGCCCCCAUCCGUAUUAUAAUUAUUUUUAAAGCUCCAACAGUUGAACGUGCCUUUUUUUGGACAAACAUAGUAACUUACUCUUGGUUAGGUGUCAUGAUUCUACUCGACGCAAUU